AUGGAAGGCGCCGGGGGGCAGUGUUCCUCUGGAGGAAGCCGCGAUCCUGACGUUGUCUGCCAAAAACGAGCGUUUAAAGUCAAACUGCCAGAGCCCCUCGUGCAGCUGGCGUGCAGUCGCCACCACUGCGCGUUCCCCGUGGAUUGCAGCGAGCUGUGCGUCUGGAACACAGCCACUGCUCAGCCAUUGCGUUUGUCAGGGCAUCAUCACUCAAUUUCUGCAUUGUCAUUUGGAAGUAAAAUCAAUCCACUUCUUCUCUGCUCUGCCUCUCGUGAACGUGUGAUAGUGUGGAAUAUUGAUGAAUGCACACAGAAGGUGCAAGAAGGGUUUACACCUCGAGGAAUUGUUAUAGGAACUCUUUUGGGAAUGGUUCUUCAUGUAAGAUUUAGCCCAGAUGAUCAACAAGUGGCAGUAUGUGCUGGAAAUCAGAUCUACAUGUUAAGUGCAAAGAAUGAAGCUAUACUAGCUGAAUUGGAUGGCCACCUGGCUCCAGUGACUGCUGCUGAGUUUUGCACGUGGGAGAAAAGUGUGCUCAUAUCAGUGUCAGAAGACAGAACCUUUAAGGUGUGGGACUAUUCUACCGGAAAGUUAAUGUAUCAGUCAGGCAUAAUAACAUCAUUUCCUUUGCUAAGUCUGCUAGUUGAUGAAGAAAACAAACAGAUUAUCACUGGAUGUGGUGAGGGACAGCUAUGGAUCUUCAGUCUCAUCAGUGAUCAUAAUUAUCGUUGCAUAACACAUAUCAACUUAAAGAAAGAGCAAGCGAAAUUCUGUAAUAAGUUGUGGAAAUCUGGAAAGGAACUAGGUGAAGGGCAAAAUACUUCCAAACUUCGUAAAACUGACAACAUGGCACCAGAAGGAUCAGUGGAAACAUCAUUGCCUGUCCUCUUAAUUGAACAUUGUGACUUUUCAGUAUGUUUCCAUAAUGAAGAAAACAUGUAUUCUGCCCUAAAUACUAGCUAUUUUUGGAUAGGAACCUCUACUGGCUUGUUAAUAAUUAAUUUGGAAAACUUUGAAUUAGAAGCUUUUUUAUCUUACAAAGAUUACAGUGACCUCAGCAUUCGUUUUGCCAGAUCAUGUGCAUUAACAAGGAAGGCAGUUAAUGGAAAGGUUUUAUGCUUGAUCACCUCAAUGUUUGAAGAUAUGGUUGCUGUAUUGGAAGUUAACCUUGCUGCAUUGGUGAGAACUCAGCACAGUGAUUUUCUCCCACAUGGAAAUGAGAACAGUCUAUCGGUUAUUGCCAGGUGUUCACUAUUGAAAAAUUCUCCACUGUGUAAAGGUUUAAAGAAAAAUAUGGAAGAACCUUCUAGUAAAACACUUGGGUUGAAAAGCAGAGUGAAAGAUCAGCCAUUGGUUUUCCAUAAUAAAAUUAAGUCAUCAGGCUAUACAGAAGCACCACGAAUGACCAUGUUUUCUCCAAAUAAUAACCUGAAAAAAAAGAAUGUAUCAAAGUGGAAGACCAAUUGUAAAUGUCAAAAUAAAGAAUAUCCAUCGGAAAGUUAUCCUCCAGUCAACUAUAAGAAAGAGGUAUCUGUUACUUCUAAACCAACCCCAAUUUUUUGUGUUCAGCAUUCUGGGGAUGGAAAGAUGUUGGCUUGUGGCCUGGCUGACAGCACUGUACGGAUACUCAGUUCCAAUCUCACCGAUAUGUAUAAUGUUUUUACAGGUCAUGAUAGUGCAGUUAACUCUGUUGGCUGGAGUCAUGACAAGAAGUGGUUAGUUUCUGCAUCAGAAGACAGAACUUUAAGAGUCUGGUCAGUCUGCAAUAAGGAACCUGCCCUAAUUCUGGGUAAAGAAAAGUUCCACAAGGCUGUACGCUUUGCACAGUUUUAUUUUAUAGAUGCGUUUGUAUUGCUGUGUUGUGGGGCUGAAUUUCAUCUGUUAAGUCUCCAUCUAGACACAGCAAAGGAUGACCUCAAACGAUACAAACAGAGAAGUGUUUGCAAUUUGGUACAGAAAUUUCCCAUGGCUUCUACAGUGGAGAUUACCAGCCUUUCAGCAGUAAAUGAUUUCUACUCUUAUAUUGUACUUACAGCUGGCAGCAACCGAGCACUGGAAGUUUUUGACCUCAAUGCAGGCUGCAGCACAGCAGUGAUAUCAGAAGUUCAUACUAGAUCAGUCCAUCAGAUUUGCCAAAACAAGGGGUCGUCCUUCAGCACUCAGCAAUCUGAAGCUUACAACCUUUUCAUGACCACAGCUGCAGGUGAUGGCAUCAAACUGUGGGAUUUAAGAACACUGAGGUAA